CAGCCGGAGAGGGAGAGAGAUGUUUUUAGGCAGAGGGAGGGGACUGUUAUGGUUUGGUUCGGUUUAUGUUGAGGACAAGUCUUUGCAGUUUGGAUGGGACAACAUCCUGACAGCCUCCUCCUCUCUACCCCUCCCUUAUGUGUGUAUGCAUAGUAUAAGGUGAAGCAGCCUCCAUUGCAUCACUUCUCUUAGCCACGGCAGUGUGGGCUUGCUGUUUCCUGGACGGCACUGUCACAGGACGGCAGUGGUGGGAUGCUGGACUUUGCAGACUUCACUUUGCCCUGUUCAACGUGACCCGGAACCCAGACCUCAGUGGUACAAGAGGAGUCCUGAGACAGCCAUAGUGAAGUGCACCUUCUUUCUGCUUUUGGGGAGCAGCACCAGAGAAGUGGAGGAUGUGAGGGCCGGGCAGGCCCUGCUUUGAGGCAUUAUCUCCUGCUUUCGGCCAGGGCAUGGGCCCGGCCUCUCCUCACCAGCCCCAGAAAGACAUGGAGGGCUACUACAGUCUUCUGCAGGCCGGCUCGGAGCUGGAGAACACACUGCAGCUGGUGACUGUCCCUGUGAGUAUGAAAGAGGUGGCCGGCUAUAUAGAGAAGCAAGUGGCUUAUUUAUCAGGGGGCCGAGGUGAGGACUCCAGUGUCAUCAUCACUCUCCCAGAAUGCUCUGAUUUCAGUGACAUACCCGAGGAGGCUCUGGCUAAAGUCCUCACGUACCUCACAUUGAUCCCACGAACACGGCAGCCUGGAGUAAAAUUCAUCAUCAUUUUAGAUCGAAGACUUGACACUUGGACCUCCAUCAAAACGGCACUUGCAAGGAUUGCGGCUUCUUUUCCAGGGAAUCUGCACCUGGUGCUGGUUCUGAGACCAACCAGCUUCUUCCAGCGCACCGUCACAGACCUUGGCUUCCGCUUCAGCCAGGAAGAUUUCAUGCUCAAAAUGCCUGUAGUGAUGUUGAGCUCUGUCACUGAUCUGCUGCGCUACAUUGAUGAGAAUCAGCUGACGUCGGAGUUUGGAGGCACUCUGGACUACUGCCACAGUGACUGGAUCGUCCUCAGAACAGCCAUAGAGAGUUUUGCAGUGACGGUGAAGGACAUAGCUCAGAUGCUGCAGGCCUUUGGAACAGAGCUGGCUGAAACACAGUUACCUGAGGAGAGCAGUGCCAUCGAGCUGCUGCUACUGUCACACACUGAGAAGUACAGGAGACUCAAGGAUGCUAUCAAGUCAGUCAUGAGGGAGGGGCGGCACCUGCUCUCCAGUCUAGAGGCUUCUGGGAAGGAAGAGGAUAAAGACACACACUGGGACAUAACACAGGACUGGGACACAGUGCAAAGACUGCUAGCCCAGCUGCGAGACAUGGAGAUGGCUUUUGACGGUUUCUUCGAUAAGCACCACCUCAAACUGCAGCAGUACCUGCAACUGCUGAGAUAUGAGCACAGCUUCCAAGAGAUGGAGAGCUGUUUAGACAAGCUGAGUGCUCAGGAGAGGAAGGUGAUCAUCACUGGAGACACACUGGCCCAGACAGAGCAGACCAUCAGAGAGCUUGAUAUCCUGGAGAAAAGAGCCAUGGAGGAAAUGGCCCGUGCCCAGGUGAUGAUACUGCAUGGUCACCAGCUGGCUGCAGGACAUCACUAUGCCAUGGCAUUGAUAAUCCAGCGCUGCAAUGAACUCAGACACCACUGUGACACACUGAGCUCUGCCAUCUGUGCUAAACACAAAGCACUUACUCAAGUACAGACUUUACUGCAGCGCCUAGAGAAGGCCCAACGGUGGUGUGAUGAGGGCACUUACCUUUUGGCCAAUCAGCUGGUAGAUAAGGUGCAGUCUAAAGAAGGUGCUCAGGCAGCUCUGAAAGAUAUUGAGAAGUUUCAGGAGGGGGCGCCAGCGCUCCUCAGUGCAGGCUCCGACCUGCUCUUCAUGGAAUAUGAGAUUGUGCUCACUUCUCAGCUGCAGACUCAUAUAGAGAAGACAUUUGAGAAGCACGCCUCGGUGCAGAACCUGAUCCACGCUAGACAGAACUGUCUGAAGAAACUUGCAGACAAACACGUGAGGCCGGUUCAGCUGGUGGCCCCUCGACCAGAGAACCCACCCCGCUCCAAGUCCCCAAUCUUCUCUCCCAAACAUGAUUUCAAUUCCAGCUUAAAGUUCACCUUUGACCUUUCACUACCAGGCAAAAGAACGUCACGAAAAUGCCCCAACUCCAGAAAGAUUGAGGUGAUGCAUGACUAUCAGAACCACAGCUCACUGCCCUACAUUGUAGAUGGGGAGGACAGUGCAGACCUGCUGAAACGGCAUGUGAUGAAGGAGCUGAUUGAGACAGAGAGAAUAUAUGUAGAAGAGCUUCUGGCUGUGCUGCUGGGCUACAGGGCUGAGAUGGACAACCCCUCGCUCUCUGCUCUCCUGCCCACCAGCCUACGCAACAAGAGAGAUAUUCUGUUUGGAAACAUGCCCGAUAUCUACAAUUUUCACAGCAGGCUCUUCCUGAAGGACCUGGAGAGCUGUCUGGAGACGCCUGAGGCUGUGGGAGCGUGUUUUCUAGAGCGGAAAGAGAACUUCAAAGUGUAUGAAUGUUACUGUCAGAACAAGCCACGAUCAGAGUCCUUAUGGAGACUGUUUUCUGACUGUGCCUUUUUCCAGGAGUGCCAAAAGAAACUGGAGCACAAACUGGCUCUGGAUUCAUACCUGCUGAAGCCGGUCCAGCGGCUUACCAAGUACCAGCUCUUACUGAAGGAGUUACUGAAGUACAGCUCAGGUUGUGAGAGGGUUUCUGAACUGCAGGGAGCGCUAGCUGCUAUGCUAGACUUGCUCAAAUCUGUUAAUGACUCCAUGCACCAGAUUGCAAUCACAGGAUAUGAGGGUGAUCUGAGCGAUUUGGGCCGGGUCCUGAUGCAGGGCUCCUUCUGUGUGUGGAUCGGUCAUAAAAAGGGUCCGACGCGGAUGAAGGAUCUGACGCGCUUUAAGCCCAUGCAGAGGCACCUGUUCCUGCAUGAGCGAGCACUGCUGUUCUGUAAGCGCAGGGAGGAGCACGGCGAGAACGCUGACAAAACCCCCUCCUACAGCUUCAAACACUGUCUAAAGAUGAGUGCGGUGGGCAUUACAGAGAAUGUAAAAGGAGAUGUGAAGAAGUUUGAGAUUUGGUACAGUGGCAGAGAGGAGGUGUAUGUGGUGCAGGCACCAACAGUGGAGGUGAAGCUUGCCUGGCUGAACGAGAUGAGAAAAAUCCUCACCAACCAGCAAAAAAUACUCAAAGAGGAAUUGUGUCACUUGAGCCCGCUGGCUGAGCAGAUGCAGCUGUCUCCACCCCUCUCUGAGAGCAAACAGCAGAGAGCGUCAGUCAGCUCGGAGGAGACAGAGUCGGGCCGCAGCAGUCCAGAUCCAGCCAGCCACUCUCCACAGCACCAGCGCAACAGGCGCAGCUGGCCGGGUGCUCCUCACUCUGUUGAUAUCUGUGAGGGUCUGGAGGACUGGAGUGGAGCUAACAGCCUCUCCAACCUGACUGACACUGAGGAAGAUGACUCUGCUCAGUGGACCCCAGGCAGGUACAGAGCCUUAGCAGACUGCCGCAGAUACAGGCCUGAUGACCUCAUCAUCAAGUGUGGUGAUGUCAUACAGCUGCAGCAGGAGGAGAAUGACGGCCAGUGGCUGGUGAAGAAUCUGAGCCGGAGGCAGGAGGGCAGGAUCCCUGCUGCCAGCCUGCAGAUCAUUCUGGGAAACAGCAGCAGAGGGCAUUCCAGCCGUCUGGGAGAAGCAGGGAAUCGGAAAGCACGGAAGCUCAGCUCUCCCUGAAGUUAGACGUCUGAUGCUGUCUGGACCAACUGUUGCCCUCAGUCUAACAAGCCUCACAGCUGUAUGAACUCUGCCCACCACAUCUGAACAUUACUGCUGUACUUUAUUCUACAUUCUCCUGACUGGGAUUAUUCCUGGGUUUGUCUUCCAGCUAGACGUUUUCUAAUGUCAGGGACUGACAAAUGGAUCAGCAGUUGUAUUGUACUGUACAAGCCCUUGCCAGCAUUUUAGGAUCAGAUGAGAUCCCUUUGUCUUUUUCUUUUUCCUCUGGCUGCUGUGGGCCUGACCUUCAGUUACAAAAGGUCGAACAUCUUCAAAAUGCAUCUAAUUUGACGUAGUCAUCUGUUUCUCAGUUAACACAUUUCAGUCCUCCUGACCCCAGUGAACUCUGGAGCGUUCUACCAGCUGUUGUGUGGCCCAUCGUUAUCCUUCCAGAUGUGGCCUUCUGUUGCCGUGACCAUCCUUUCACCUCUUUCUGCUCUCCUCCUCACAUAAACACUGGCAAGCCUCCAUGGACAUACUUUAAUUAGGCCGUUGACAAUGAAUUGGGUGUUUAAUCAUGUUCUGGCCUCCCACCUAUACAACCAGGUGUGUUUUGGGUGCUGAUUGCUGUACCUUAUGUACCCAUUUGCUCUUUGUAUGUUUCAGACAGACACUCUUCUUUAGCUCUUUGAGACCUUUAAGGCCAAAAAGUGUAGUGCCAUAAUGCCUUUCUUUACUCCCCUACACUGAUUGGCCAGCAUAUUACCUUGUAUCUGCACUCAUUAGCUGCUUUAUUAGGUACACCUCCCAUAUAGGUCCUCUUUGUAGGUUUACAAUUGCUGACUGCAGCCCAUCUGCUGCACGUUUUAUCAGCUAUCCUCUGCUCCAUCAAUCACUGAAAAGGGACCACCACAUCAGAUAUUAUUUGGCUUGUGGACAGUUCUGGGUGGUAGUGCGUGUCGCAAUUGUAUUUUAAACAUUGCUGGAGUUUUUAAACACUGUGUACACACUGGCCAUUUUAUUACAAACACUACCUUGUUGGUUGAUACUCUUUGUGUGCAGGUAGACUGUACUCUUUUUUUUGCCAUGCACAAGUAUUUAUUUAAGGCUGUUUCUGACCACAGGACCACUAUUGGCUAAAUUUUUCUGGUGGGAGGACUUUUCUCAACCCAGCAGCAAAAAUUAGUUGUGUAAUAACUUCAGAACGCCGCCUGCCUCAUACCACAACAACUGCUUCCAUACCACAACCAUAAAAGUGGUCUCUUUUCAUUAAUAGAAUAAAUGGCUGAUAAAUGGUACAGCAACAGAUGGGCUACAGUCAAUAGUUGAAUACCUGCAAAGAGCAUCCAUAUGAUAGGUGCACCUGAUAAAAUGGCCAA